GCAGUUGCUUUCCUGUGGAAUGUCCCACCUCCCCCAGGAGUGAAGAGGGAGCUGGAGAAAGAGCUUGCCAGGCUGCUCUCCAUCCUUUCCCAGCAGUGCUGGCUGAGUGGAGCAGUCCCAGCGGAGCGCCAAGGUGCCAAUGGAACAGCCGUGCCCAGGAAGGCUCGCUGGGAAGGGGGAUCCAGGAGCCACAGGCCUGGCAGCCUGAGCUUGCCAGCGGGGAAGGCCUUGGAGCAGAUCCUCCUGAGUGCCAUCCCACGGCACGUGCAGGGAACCAGGGCGUCUGCUGGAGGCUGGGACAGCUCUGCGGAGGGACAGGGACAGCUGGGGGUCCUGGCGGGGUGUUGAGGGAUUCUGUACGGGAGUUGGGGGGGGUUGGUGUUGGUGGGGUGUUGGAGAAAGUUGUGUGGAAGGUGAGAGGUGUUGCCUAGAAUUUGAGUCACUUUGAAGGCAGCAUCUGUGGUUUGGCACAGCUUUGGUUAGGGAGGGCAGAAAGAACAUCUGUGACUUUUCCUGUUCAUGCUCCUGAUUCUCCUGCAGGGAACAAGAGGGGAGAGCUGGACUUUACUGGCCACUGAGAUAUCUGUACCAGCGGCAGGAUUAGCCCUCUUGCCAUCUACUUCUUUGUUUGGGCUACUUUAGUAACACCGAGUGAACUUUCAUCUCCUGAGAGCUUUUAUUCCUUAAGAGAAUUAGGAUAUUAUCAUCCCUUCAUAGAAAACCAUUUUCAAACCAAAGAAUGGCCCUUUUUGUGCCUCUGUGUAGUGUUAUGUUCUGUAAAGUGACUCUCAGUGGAUGACAUUAAGACAAAUGAGUCACUGCUUUGAGAUGGGAAGCAAAAUUCCAACUCUUCACCUUCUCAGGCCAUCCCAAUGAAUUUGGGAAGUUUGCAACUUUUUGGAGCUACUGGAGCUGAGCAAUGGGAAGGAAAGCUUUCCUGAACUGAGGAUUCUUAAAUGCCAGAUUCUUCUGUGCCUUUGCUGUGAAGGUGUUUUUCUGCUGAAGGAAAUGACUUCAAGGAGAAAAUAAUUCCAGCAUGGAGUAAGAGCUUGUGACAGAGACCAAGUGUUGCCAGCAGUUGCUCCAGGUGCUCCUGCCAACAGCCCCUGCAGGGAGGAGCACAGCCCCCAGUGCACGUGGGCUUUGGCUCCCUGUGGCACAGAAGCCCCCCGGGGGCACGGGUCUCUGGGGCAGGAGAUGGGCACCAGCGCUGCCAGGGCUGGGGGUGGCAGCUCUGCUUGGGGGGGACUCUGCCACAGCUGCUGAUGCCAGCGCUGCCCGGGCCCCAGGGCUCAGAGCAGCAUUGGUGCCCUGGCCCACACGUUCCUUGUCCGUGUCACAGCCGCGGGUUCAGGAUGGCCACCAGCUGGGACGUGUCCCAAGGAGGCCGUGCCAGCUUCUGUGGAAGGUCCCGUGCCCUUGCCAGCGCGGCUGCGUCGGCAGCCCUGGGGGCUCCUUCUGCUGCCCUGAGCCCGCAGAGCAGGGCAGCGUUUGCUGAUGGUUUGAGCCGCUCCUAAAGACCCUGUCAGGCUGCCUGAGACACUUGGGGCCAGGGAUUCCUUCCAAGCUGGGCCACUUUGGGUGGGCUGGGGGCGGCCCCAGGGCAGGGGGCAGUGUGUGCAGGGGCCCUUUGUGACACGGUGCAGCACGGUCAGCGUGGCAUGGAACGGGUGUCCAAGGGCCCUUUGUGACACGUGGUGACACAGGAGCUGGCGGUGACAAGACCACGCCACAGUGCUCGGAGCACGCGAAGGGACAGGACGGGACAGAGCGGUGCUGUGAGGAGCCCCCGCACAGCGCACUCGUUCGUGUCUGACCUGCAGCUUUUCCCAGGUGUUAUUCCUGCAGCUCUUUGCCAGAUCCAGCCAUGGAGCGGACACAAGAGCAGGACCCCGCCCGUGGCCUCUUCCGCAGAACAGCGCAGCUGGUCUGCAAAUUGAUCAAGAGAAUUCGGGAGGAAGAGACCAGCACCAUGGGCACUGGGCUCAGAGCAUACUCGCACAUCUUCAAAACCAAGACCAGUGCUGCCCUGCUGGAUAUGCUCGUAGAGGAGGGCUUUUCCAACCCAAAGCAAGUAAGCAGCCUCUGGCCAGGGUUUCAUCCUCCCAGCAAUUGCUUGGCCUCCCAAGCCACGCCCGCUGGUCCCUGUGAGCCUUUGAGGCCAUGGCAGCGUGCUGGGAAGGGAAGCACUUCUCUGGGGAAGCUGGGGACAUUCCUCCCUCUGGCAGCUUUCCAAAUCUCCCCGUGCCUUCUCCAGGUGCCCGCCAUGGUCAGGUACAUCCACCAGUGGCUCAUGGCCAAUCAGUUUGCUGAGCACAGGCUGAACAGGACCCUGCUGGAUCUCACCGAAGCCCAGCCCGCUGACGUACUCAUGACGCUGCUGCGUGUGGCCCCAUCCUGUGACAGGUAUGGGGCCCAGCUGCCCAGAGGGCUCAGGGCUCCCCAGCCCAUCAGCCUGUGCAGCCUGUGCCAGGUGUCUGAGCAACAGAGAGUUCCAGGGCCCUCUGGCUGCUCCCUUUGCCAGCCCUGGCACGGCAGUGCCCAAGCCUGCUGCCAUGCUGCCUCGCUGCCCCUCAGGGGCCUGUCCCCACAGGGCUGGGCUGCUGGCUGCUGCUGGCCAGUGGCAGUGGGCAGAGGCAGAGCUGGCAGCCAGCUCAGGUCCCCGCUGCUGCCCAGGCCACAGUGCUGUGUCCCAGACCCCCCUGAGACAGAGCUUUAACCCCACAGGGCUGCUCUGACCAUGUGGAAGAGCAUCAUGUGCUCGCCCAGGACUUCCAAGCCUGCGCUGCUGGUACUCCUGGAUGUGCUGGGGAGCUGGCAUGAGCACAGCACGGGCACCUCCGAUGGGGACAAAACGGGUGUCUUUGUCCUGGCUGUGAGUUUCUGCAAUUGGCCUUUGCUGGCCCCAAGGCCGCCUCUGCAGCAGCUCUCCAUCCUCCUUCCCCCACUGCAUCUCCCUGCCUCAGGCGCUGGGCUGAAACCUGGCCCAGGGGCAGCCACAGGGGCACCAGGCCCGGUGCUCCCCCUGCGUCUCUUUGGGCCUCUCCCUGCCGUGCUGGGGCCCUGCCACACGGACACCUCGGCACUGAGCGCUGUCUCGGGGCCUUUGUCCUUUGCAGGCAACUGUGGUGAUGUGGAACAUCCUCCAGGUGCCCUGUGUCCCACAUACGGUGACGGUGUAUUUCCCCCGCCUCUUUGUGCAUCUGCUCUUCCAAGUGCUCUUCAGCACUCUGGAUAUGCCAGAGGAGGUGGAUACCUUCUGGAAGGGAUGCCAAGAGCAAUACGGCCUUGCCACCAGCCCCAACAGGUGCUCCAUGCCAGUCCUCCUGUCCCUGCCACGUCCCUGGGCAGGAGCCAGUGCUCCCAGCGUGACCUGGGCUUUGCUCUGCACGCAGGUUUGCAGUGCAGACCCUCAAGUCCCUGCUCUGCCGAAUGCAGCACGAGGAUGUGGUGGUGGCCAUGGAACGCAGCUGUGGCUGGGACACGCUGCUGUGUGCUGACACCCAGCACCAUGCCGUGGGUCUGCUGGCACGGUGAGACCCCCUUCUCCCCGCUGCCUCUGACAUUUGUGCUCUGUGCCCAGGG